AUGGAAGACAAACUACCCAACUACGAAAAGUAUUUGCUUCCAAAAGGUGAGCCUAAGAUAACGGUAACUCAAGAUGAGAAGAUGCCAAACUGUUAUGUUGUCGUUAUCAAAAGAGAAGACUCCACUGUUCUUGAGACGAUUAAAACAGAAUUAAUGAAAAAUGAUAAUGUACUCUUCUGUGGCUAUCAUGUUUAUCAUCCUGAAGAUUAUGAAGUAACCUUACGUGUGAUGACUAAUGGUGUACAAACUUGUAAAGAGGUCUGUCAAAUAGCUUUUCAGAACAUUCGAGAUGAAUUGCAAAAUCUGCACCAGGAACUAAUCAAGGCUAUAUCAAUGAAAAAAGUUGAAUUAGGACAAGCAGAUACUGACCGGAAUAAUAACAAUAGAUACUAUUUUCACUACAUGCAGAAACUUUUGGUAGAGAAGGAGGAAAGGGAAAAGGCUAAACAGAAAGCAGAUCAGAAGUGUAUGCUGGAAGAAGGAAAAAUGUUAUUAUUCGAUACAAAACCAUAUACUAAGUUUAAGUAA